GUAAUGGCAAGACGGAGCACAGCCUGAUGAACUUUUUGAAGAGACAAGGGCCGAAUGCGAAGUACAUUCUGACGGUUUGCACUGGGUCGUGGAUCCUGUCUAGCACGGGGCUCCUGGAUGGGAAACGCGCCACGUCGAACAAAGAAAUGUUCAAUGUGAUCGAGAAGACAAGAAAAAUCUGGUCGAGUUCAGGUAUCACCGCUGGAAUGGAUCUGGCGUACGCGUUUCUGGAGUAUCUCACUGGCAAAGGACCCGCGGAUGCUGCUGCAGGGUUCUUGGAGAUGAUGGUAAACGGGGAGGGGGAUGAUCCGUUUGCGGCCAAGUAUGGGUUAGUCUGAGUUAUAGCUCGUUAGUCUGUCACCGUUUGCUACAAAAAUGUAACUCACUUUCUGCCUAUUAUUCAUCGUACUCCAGAGG